AUGAGAUCAUCAAUCAUUGCCAUCUCUUUAUUAUUAAUCGUGACAAUUGCAAAGAUCAAUGGUCAUCUUUGUAUUUUAGAUCCACCACAAAGAGGAGCUAAACUUCCAUCACCAUUGUACGCUGGUGACAACAAUUGUUACAAGAUCGCAUCAAACUGUGGUGGUGUAGCUGCCGGUAGUCCAGUUGCUUCAUACCGUGCUGGUUCCUAUCAAACCAUCACUUUCCAACAAAACUAUAACCAUUGGUUCCCAAGUAACAUUGGAUACAUGGAUGUUGCCAUUUCCUACGCAGGUGACAACGGUCAAUACCAAACUUUGUACAGCAUGCAAGAUUUCAACGCUUGGGAUAUGGUUUCUCAAACAAACCUUUCAGUUCCAGUUACAUUCCCAAAGACCAAAUGUACAAGCUGUGUAUUAAGAGUCAGAUACAUUUCCAACAACUCUGGUGAACCAAACCCAGAUUUCUACCAAUGCUCUGAUAUUACAUUACAUUAA